AGUGAGACUUCCUCAUCAUCCCUAACCUUUUCACCACUCUUCCUGUCUGGAUAUUUUAGACCUUCAAAUGCAUCACAACAACAAUGGCGGAACUGCUGACUACCAACCUUGACCAUUGGCAAUGUUGUUUUUGGGUUGUUUUCUAAAGAUGUCAAGUUCACGACACAAUGUUGAUGGGCACCAAGUGAAAAGCGAAAAGGAACACCAAAUAAACAAUGGAAAAAAGAAAUGGAUAAUGUGUUAAUACCAUUUCUUGCGGACAUGGCAAAGAGUGGUUUGAAGGUGGAUAAGUCAUUCAAACGUCAAGCAUUUAUUGAAGCCGCAAAUGUUGUCAACAAUAGAUUCCCCAAUGCUUGCAUGGACGCAGAUAAUGUGGAGAACCACAUGCGCACCUUGAAGCAAAAAUACCAAGACAUCAAAAAAUUAAUGAAUCUUAGUGGUGUUGGGUGGAAUGACUAAGAAAAAAAUGCUAGUGCUUGAUGAUGAGACAUACCGUACAUAUGUGGAGGGACAUCAAAAAGCCAAAGAGUACUUGAACAAGCCCAUACCUUUAUUUGAGGAGUUACGUUUGGUUGCUGGAGAUGACCAUGCCACCGGUGAUUAUGCACGAUCAAUCUAUGACCAAUUUGGUGGUACAAUCCAUGAAGAUAAACAUGAUACAAUCCCUGAUAAUGUUCCUGCACCUAAUGACCCAAUGGACUGUGAAGCUUUUGAGCAAAAUAGUAGAAGACAUGAAGUAUUAAGGUCAAAUUCAAGUAAGUCAACCGCUAGGUCUAGUCGCACAAUAAGGACCAUGGGUGAAAAUGGUGCAAUGGAGAUUGUUGGCGAUAAAUUGGGUCAAUUGGCAACAUCAAUUGACCGAGGAAAAAAAAACAUGAAAGGAAAAACUAUCAGACGCUCUAUGGGACAUGGAAGGUUACGACGAUUAGGACAUGAGAAUGGUAUUUGACAAAUUAAUGACUAACAAAGCACAAGCUGAAUUGUUCUACUUAAGGAAGCCAUCUCUCCGAACAAUAUGGUUGGAUGAAUAUAUUGAAUCUAUAAAGAAUUCUAGCUGUUGAUGUUAACAUCAAAGGUAAGGAUUGCAUAUGCAUUAUUUAAUACAAACUGAAUACUGAGUUGGAUUUAAUAUGAUUGCUUGUUUUGUAUGACGCAAACCUUGGAUGGUGUUUCUUGUGAUGCAAAACUUGGAACAUAUAAAUGGUGUAAACCUUGGAUGAUUUUGUAAUAUGUUUCUUAUAACUGUUGUUUGUCAUGAAAACCUUGGAAUAUUGUAUGGUGUUUCUUAUAUUUGUGAUGCAAACCUUGGAUGGUGUUUCUUGUUUCCU